AUGACAAAGACAUUCAACACAGAGAAGAGCAUGGACAGCCUAUAUACGAUUAGUGUUAGUGACGUUGAUUCGAACACCAGUGUAGAUGUACAUAGAAAUAUGGACACACAAUCUAGUGCAGAACAAUGUGGCAAUCGCGAGCUAGGAGGCAAGGUGGGAACAGUUGUACACACAUAUAUGCCCAUUCGCACGGAUAUAGCUACACCAAAUGCAUUACACGAUUCAUGCACAGUUAUGGAUACCGUCAUUAUGACACAUAUGCAUACAGACGGAGAUGAUGCAGCCACACUUGCUGCAACUCAAGGUGCAAAGGGGAAAAGCGUGGAAACAUGUGCAUUGAAACUUACGCCUACAACCACAAGUCCAGCAACAGAUGACACAGUGGUGGCAUCCAGCAAGCACGCGGAUGGUGAUGAGAAAUGCAGUGUGAUGGGAAGUGAGGAGAAUGUAGAUGAGUUGGCACAUACACAACAUCUAACUCGUGAGAGUAUGUGUGUGGAUUCAUCCAGUACAGAUGCUAUUGAUGAAAUCUUUGCGGUGUUUGAAAAUCGAGCGGUUGCAGCAACGAAUACCAUAGCGACCACCGUAGCUACACCUAUUGAUUGUGGAGUGGAGCAUGUAGAGUUGAUUGUAUCACCGAAACUUUCUGUAAAUCAGCGUAUAGGGCUGUGUGAGACCAAGUUUGAGGGUGAUAGGGUGGAGGGAAUUAUAGUAAACGAGGAGGAAGCUAUUCAAACGGAACCAGCAUUGAACAACACAUUGACAGCAGAUACAAGAAAGUGUGUGCGUGAUAUUGUAGUAGAGCACACGAUACCAGUAAAUUCUGAGGGCAAUAGGGCGGAUGGGGGUACAGUAAGCGGAGGAGAAGAUUCUCAUGUGGAGCGAACAUUGGACUACACAGAGACAGCGGGUACAAGAACGUGUGUGUGUGAUACUGUAGUAGUGCUUACAAUACCAGUAAAUUCUGAGGGUGAUAGGGCGGAUGGAUGUACAGUAAACGUUGGGGUAAAUACGCAUGGCCACCAAACUGAAAAAUCAUUGGACAGUGCCGAGAUACUGGGUACAGGAGCAUGUAUGCGCGACGGUGCAGCAGAGCACACGGCACUAGUAAAGUCUGAUGGUUGUAGGGCGGAUAAAGGUACAGUAUUCGGAGCGCAAACGGCACUUGGUACUACAGACACUGUUGUAUGUCGUGACUCCGCAAGUUGUAUAUUUGAAACUACUGGUCCUGCUGAUGGGGCUAUCAUUGCUCAAGAAGUCGCGGCAAAUAGUUCAGGUACCCCUGACACUGACGACACCGGGAUUAGUGCUGUUUCCACUAACACUGUUGUUCAGGCCGUGGUUACUGGCAGUGGCUGUAUUACUGGCAUUCACAACACUGUAGUUGACGUUGGUAUAAGUCCUUCCAUCGUGGGCGAUGCUGAUAUCGUUUCUGAUCCCGCAAUCCCAACCGAUUCCAAGGUCACAUCCACUGUUUUUGACAACAGCAAUGUCGCUUUUGCUACAGCCGACAAUGCCGCUAUUGCUGUACCUGUAGAUACUGAAGUCACUGCCGUGAUUGCUGACAUGGCUGCGACGGCUGAUACUACUGUUGUAGCGGUACCCGUAAAAAGUGCGAUCAGUCCCGAGACGGUGCCUGUAGAAAGUCAGAUCAGUCCCGUGAGUGCUGAUAUGAAUCCUACGUUUAAUUCUUCUACUGCCGCUGUACCAGUGGAUACCAAGGUCACUGCCAUGGUUGCUGAUAUCGCUGAUAUGGCUGAUUCUGUUGCUGUAGCGGUGCCUGUAGAAAGUCAGAUCAGUCACGUGAGUGCUGAUAUGAAUCCUACGUUUAAUUCUUCUACUGCCGCUGUACCAGUGGAUACCAAGGUCACUGCCAUGGUUGCUGAUAUCGCUGAUAUGGCUGAUUCUGUUGCUGUAGCGGUGCCUGUAGAAAGUCAGAUCAGUCCCGUGAGUGCUGAUAUGAAUUCUGCGGAUAGUCCUGCUACUACCACUGUACCAGUAGAUACUGAGGUCACUGCUGUGGUUGCUGAUAUCGCUGAUAUGGCUGAUUCUGUUGCUGUAGCGGUGCCUGUAGAAAGUCAGAUCAGUCCCGUGAGUGCUGAUAUGAAUCCUACGGCUAAGUCUUCUACUGCCGCUGUACCAGUAGAUACUGAGGUCACUGCCGGGGUUGCUGAUAUAGCUGCUAUGGCCGAUACUGGUGCUGUAGCGGUGCCUGUAGAAAGUGAGACCAACCCCGCGCGUACUGAUAUGAAUCCUACAGCUAAUUCUGCCACUGCCGCUCUACCUGUAGAUACUGAGGUCAUUGCCGUGGCUGCUGAUAUCGUUACUGUGGCUGAUUCUGCUGUCAUCGCUGUUUCUAUUGACACUAAGGAUAUCUCCGUGGUCGCUGAUAUGAACACUGUCCCUGUCCCAGGCAUCGGGGUCACGGCCAUGGGUGCUGAUAUGAUCGCUGCGUCUAAUACUACUGCUGUCACUGCACCUGUAGACACUCAGAUCACUAUCGUGGGUACUGAUAUGAUUGCUAUGACCGAUACGUUCGGUGCUAAUGGUGUCGCAAAAGGAGGUACUAGCGUCGAUCCUGUGGAAGCUGUUCUUGUCUCUGGUACAUCGGUCGGUAUGAUAUCGAGCGACUUUGUUACAACUACUACUGGUUCUGGCCUUCCCACUCUGCGCGGUGGUACGUAUGAUGCAGCUGCCACAGUCGAAACUGCUGUUAGCGCUGUAGCCGUUGGUACUGAGAGCUCCGCUGAGCUUUCUGGCACGGAUAAUAUUAUGGGUAGUGCUGUCGGCACUGAUAAGGCUGAUUCUGCUCUUUCUAUUGACGCCGAUACCGCCGGCGGCUCUGUUAAAGCCUCCGUUGUCGAUGUGAAGGUCCUUAAGAACGAUACUGCUGUGUCUGCUGGAAUUGGUGUUACGGGCGAUACCGCUUUGGUUGCACAUACGGAUGAGAAUGAUACUACCGGUAUGGCCUACAGUGCGAAAGGGACUGCUGAUACUCUGAUCGAUUCUGUGGCUGCCGAGCAACAUGCCUGUCCUUGCACUGCUGAGUAUACUCAUCCUGUGGACACAGUUUCAUCUGUUAGUACCGCUAACGCAACUGCCAGUGGUGUCAAGGCAGGGACUAUAGGGACUAAUAAUGCCAUUGCUGAGGAUGUUGCUGUUGAAGCUGUUUCUAUCGCUGACACUACUACUAUCGCUAGUACUGUCGACACUGUGCAUAUUGUAGCAGCCGCCUACAUUUAUAGCACUGCUGACGAUGCUGACGCAGAUGGUCUCAUCAAUUCUGUGGCUAUCGGCAAGACGGUUGAGCCCAGCACAGUUAUCGUGGACGCUGCUGCCAUUGGUGUUCCCGCAAACCCUGUUGUCGUGGCUGGGACGGUCGACACAGUUCAUACCGCUCUGGUUGCUGAUACUGGCAGUGCCACUGCAGUUGUCAACGAUGGGGAUGUCAUAAAUUCUGUAGUAACUGCGGAAACUGAGGUAAAAACUAUCAGUGAACUUGUCGUGGAUUGCACCGAUGACAGCAACAUCGACACCGGGAUGCUUCACUCUGUUCGUACUGUACGGGCUGCUGUUUGUGGUAGCCCUGUUGACUCUGUUGAGGCUAAUGCUCUUGCCAAUACCGUUGUUGCUACCAGGACCAAUAAGGAUAGCAAAGCCAAUGAAACAGCUGCUAUUGAUAGGGCCGAUGACGCCAUGGUCGAGGCCGGGAUUAUAGAUGCUGUUCAGGUCACUGCGGCUGCCGAUACGGGCACUACUGCUGAAGUCGAUGACGUUGGGGAUAUUAUUGAUACUGAUGUAAAUGCGAAGAUGGACGGAAUUAGCGGUGCCGAUACAUCUGCUGGAAUUGAUGGUACUAUACAUACUAUCAUUAUUGAUGGUACCGCCGACACUGUUGUCAAAGCCGAAGCCAUCAGUACGUUGGCUGUCAAUGACACUACUGCUGAUGCCGCGGGAAAUCGUAUUGCAGCUGCCACUGCUGGUAAUAGUGUAAGCGAUGUCACCACCAAUGGCACUGCUAUCAUUAGCAUCGUGAAAACAAUUGACAUCGCUCUUACUGCCGACAGCAAUAGUAUCGGUGUUGUUGCUGGCACCAAUGAGAUUACCGACGCCGUUGUCAAUGCUUCACACGAUGAGACCAUCGAUACAGGAGUUUCCGCUGUCCAUGGUAAGCCCGCCAACACUGCUACCAUGGUUGAUUAUGAUACCAAUGCAGUCUCUUCUGGUAGUGUGAGUGGAAGCGCUGGCAAUGACGAUGCAAAUGUCUCCGUGAACAUCUCUCAGACCGUGUCCACUACUACCGCUGCUCGUACUGGGGACAAUGCUGCCACGAUCGAUAUUGUCAACAUUAACUUGACAAAGAGUACCAUAAGUGCCGAACCGGUCGCUGAUAUCACCCCCAGUAUUGUGGCCAAAACUAUCACUUCAUCUACCACGGAUGGCACUCUUACAUCGGAUACCGCCGACACUAUCCCUCCCUCCGCACUUGUGGAAACCAAUGCCACUGAUGAUAUGUCGGACACCCCUGGCACGGUUAACACUAUCAUAAGUGCUCAAGGUGGUACGACUGUUGCUAUCUCUGCCACUGCCGAUUCGGAGACUGUCGCUACCGCUGAUUCUGUUGAAACUACGGACAUCACUGGUACGGUUGACACGGUCAUCGACGCUCGUGCUAAUGAGACUGUCGCUAUCGCUACCAAUGCCAAAACAGAGGCAGUAGCUAUCGAUGCCAACGCCGAAUCAGAGAGUGUCGGCGUCAACUCUGACAUUGACUGUGCCCGUGCUGUUGACACUGCUGAUAUCACUGCUACUAGCGACUCAGAGAUUGGUAUUAUCGCUGCUACUGCCAAUCCCGAGAGUGUCGGUAUCGACUCUGACAUUCUCAUCAUCGAUGACAGUACUGACGCUGACAAUACUGAUAUUGCUGCUGACACUGGUGGUCUAGUCAUAACUGCUGACACUGCAACCACUGCAUUACCAGGGACCGAAGAGACAGAACAGACUGAGGCUUUGGGGCGUGAUGGUGCAGAAGCGCAUGGAAACAAAGACGAAAGUGCUGAAGAAGAAACCGAAGGGUCAGCCGAGCGAGACAAUAUUCGAGAAGCUGAGAGGGGUGCAAAACAGACAAUGGAUGCAAAGGUUGCAUCUAACGUCAGCAUUGAGGUCGCUCAUGAGUGUGCCGCCGAUUCUGGACCUAUGGUCGCAACUGCUACCAGCAAUCAGGACUACCGUAAUGCUGAAGAUAGCUCGUUGAUGGUUGCUGACCCUAUCACAGACUCAGGUCAAGCUGCUCUGCAGGGUAACAAACAUUCGGCUACCGCAGACAUUAACACGUCGGGGAUUACGUCACGAACUGAUGCCUACAGUUCUGACAAGCGAAUUUGUACGAGUAUCGACACCGACACAGAAUCGGCCGCUGUAGUAACACGUACGUAUGCGCAGUUUGCGUCCAUACGAAGCGAAUUGGAGCAUGUGCGCCAGCAGGCGACUCUGGCGGCUCAAGAGCGAAAUCAACUACGUUUGUUGGUUGGAACACUUGCACAUGAGCUGGAGGCGCUACGAGAGGCGGUACAUGGGGAUGUACGGAUGUAUGGAAAACUGAACAAGGGUAUAUUAGGUGCGAAUAUGAACUCUGUAGCGGCACAGGAGGCAUCUGAUGGUAAUACAGAGACACAACCGGGAGUGGGAAGGUUUGAGGAUAGACUGGUUUCAACGGACCGCAUCCCUACUUGUGCUGAGAGUAUCAUUGACAAGCCGGAGAGUAAUACGUUCCAACCCAAGCGAGUCACAGGCAAUCGCAAGAGGAAAGCCACACUCAGCACAGAACCAGCCACCAAGCGAAGGAGUGUCAGCAAUGACACGCAUAUGGGUUCGGAAUCUUGCGCAGUGUCAUAUAAGAGGGGUAGCGAACUACAGCCACAGAUACCGCCACCCACUAGGACUAGCGGCCAGAUUACCCAAUGCGGUUUGGGUGCGAUACAAGUACAUAUGGAGGGGCAUACACACGUCAUGGCGGAGGACACAGGUGAACAUAACAAGACGACUGCGGAUACCGCGAAUACUCUUAUGACUGUGAAGAUGCGGAAGCGUCUGGCACGCGGUGGGGCAUGUAAGCGACUGCCUGGAGUAGUUUACGACGGAGAUGAGGUCGAGGACACCGAGACAGCAUCUACCGCAAGAAAAGAUAGACAGGUGCACAGAAGAGAGGAAAAAGGGCACCGAAGCGGUAAGCACACACACAACCCAUCUGCGCGAAAGAGUGGACAUAGUGCGAAAGUGAAGAGAUCGAGAAGAGGCAACUCUAGUACAAAAGCUGUGCAGCGGAGUAUGCAGACGCGGAAACGUGACGCUUCAAACGAAUCUGAUGAGGAGGAAGGGGAAAGCAUGGUCGAUGUUGCUGAUAUGGACAGCAUCCCAGCUGAGCCACAAAGUUCUUCGCGGCAGAAGAAGAACUCGCGUAGUAGGGGUGGAUCUGGAGCCAAAAAAGGCCGCAAGGGCAAAGGGAGUGCUCACGAGUUAGUACCGGAGAGACAAGGCUUGCCCAAAACAUUGCAGACUACACUUUCCAGAGGUGAGGUAAUAGAUGACUCUGAAUCUGGUGACGAAAGUAGGUCCCAGGAAGUGCCACUGGCCGCCAGGCGCAAGAAAACAAUUGUGCAUUUCGGGUGGCCCGAUGUACCGGCGUACGAGGCGUUGAAAUCGAAGGGACGUACUGUCAGAGGAGUGUCUCGUAAUCCAAGUGAAAGUGUCGGUGCAAACGGGGGUGGUAGGGAAUCACGUGCGGGCGAAGAAGCCAGAUGGCACAGCUUCGAGGGGAAAGAGGGGCGACGCACCGCUGAUACAGUGCGAGAUGCGCCGACGCAUUACCACGGGAGGGCUCCGAGUGUGGUGGAGAAAAUGUUGCUCAAAGAGACGGUGACCACAGAGAGCAAUAGCACUGAAGCGGGCAGUGCUGGGACUGAGGUUGGAGACAUGAGCGAGGUCGAACGGUCUGAUAUGGAACUUUCAAUUGGGCGAGGCACGGGAAAAACUACUUCGACACGUGUGCGUGCUAGUCGGCGACUACGGGGAGAUGGAGACGAAGAUAUGACUCAUAACAAGAAUUUUGCAUUCAGAACCCCGCCGAAAGUAAGCAAACGGAAACAUAGUAAGAACGAUCACGGCACGCGUGGCAAUACCAGGAAUACGCACUCUGCAGACAGGGGUGCGAGAAGCAAAAUAUCAUUUACAAACGACCUGAGCAGUGAAGGUGACACGAAUGUAAAGGCUGCUUACGCCAACCGCGAGAAUGUAUGCCCGGCAAGCGAUCGAAAGAAAAGGAAGAUCAGUAAGGUAAACACUCUGCUGGAGAGAGAUUCGGCGCCACGGGUAUUGAAGUCGGUGGGCCAGCGCUUCAACGUGUGA